CUUUAGCCAGCAGCAAGACAGCUGUGUUUGAUCAUAAACCACUUAAACUCCAGGCUCACUGGCAGGGGAAACUUCAGCGUGAAGUGCAGCGUUGGUUUCUCCCGGGGAAGGGAGCUUUCUUCUCGUUUCCUUUCUGCCUCCCCAAAUACUGAGGACUAUAGCAGCACUCUCCUUUUAAUUUCUCUGUGAACUUGUGUGAAGCUCAUCAAAUUUUUCUGAGUCUGUUCAGCGGCAUUGAGAGAUGCCCUUUAACAGAGUUGUGGAAAAGAGCUGCGUAAAGCAGACAGAAGAGAUGAAGCAUGCCUUGUAGAUGGACUAAGACAGCCCUGGGAUCCUGGUAAGCACUUCAUUCCCUGCAUUCUCUGAGCUCUUCACAUUAUUAACAAGCCUCUCUAAGCAAUGGAUUGUCUGUGAAGUCAAAACCAGUUUGUCUCUUCCAGAAGAUCUGACAUCAUUAACUUAAACUCUCAAUGUGGAGUAAAAAUGGCUGUCUAGAGCAAAAUGUAUAAGAGAGAAAAAUUUUGGAGAAGAAAGUAUUGAAUCAGUUGAACAAAGCUUGAAGCAUUACAAUCUGCAGAAAUCAUCAAGCCCUGAGAAGUCUAAUCAUGAAUUCUGGAGUUGCUAUGAAAUAUGGAAAUGAAUCCCCUGCAGAGCUGAGUGAGCUUCAUUUAGCAGCCCUGGCUUCAUUAAAGGGAGACAUUGUGGAGCUUAAUAAGCGUCUACAACAAACAGAAAAGGAGCGUGACCUGUUGGAAAAGAAAUUGGCAAAAGCACAGUGUGAGCAGUCCCACCUGAUGAGAGAGCACGAGGACGUGCAGGAGCGAACGACGCUGCGCUACGAGGAGCGGAUCACAGAGCUGCACAGCAUCAUUGCUGAGCUCAACAAGAAAAUCGAUCGGCUGCAGGGAGCAACCAUAAGGGAGGAGGAUGAGUACUCAGAGCUGCGGUCAGAGCUGAGCCAGAGCCAGCAGGAGGUUAAUGAAGACUCGCGCAGCAUGGACCAGAACUCUAUCUCAGUGCCAGAGAACCAGUCCACCAUGGUCACUGCAGAUGUGGAUAACUGUAGUGACUUGAAUUCAGAACUGCAGAGAGUGCUGACAGGUCUGGAAAAUGUUGUCUGUGGGAGGAAGAAAAGCAGCUGCAGUUUAUCGGUGGCAGAAGUGGACAGGCACAUUGAACAACUCACUACUGCCAGUGAACAUUGUGAUUUAGCUAUUAAGACUGUGGAGGAGAUUGAGGGAGUGCUGGGACGUGACCUUUAUCCAAACCUUUCUGAGGAGAGGUCUCGGUGGGAGAAGGAGCUGGCUGGCCUGCGGGAAGAGAAUGAGAGCCUCACAGCCAUGUUGUGCAGCAAAGAGGAGGAGCUCAACAGGACCAAGGCCACCAUGAACGCUGUCCGUGAGGAGAGGGACAGGCUGCGUAGAAGGGUUCGGGAGCUGCAGACUCGUUUGCAGAGUGUGCAAGCCACGGGCCCGUCCAGCCCGAGCCGCCUGACUCCUGCCAACCGCCCCGUCAACCCCAGCACGGGAGAGCUGAGCACCAGCAGCAGCAGCAACGACAUUCCCAUCGCCAAGAUUGCUGAAAGAGUGAAGUUGUCAAAGACAAGAUCAGAGUCUUCAUCAUCUGAUAGACCUGUCUUAGGAUCAGAAAUCAGCAGCAUAGGGGUCUCUAGUUCCGUGGCUGAACAUUUGGCACAUUCCCUCCAAGACUGCUCAAACAUCCAGGAAAUCUUCCAGACUCUCUAUUCACAUGGAUCUGCUAUCUCUGAAAGCAAAAUCCGAGAGUUUGAAGUGGAAACGGAGAGAUUAAAUAGCCGUAUUGAGCACCUGAAAUCCCAGAACGACUUGCUGACAAUAACACUGGAGGAGUGCAAGAGCAAUGCAGAGAGGAUGAGCAUGCUUGUGGGCAAGUACGAGUCCAAUGCCACAGCCCUCAGGCUGGCACUGCAGUACAGUGAGCAGUGCAUAGAAGCAUAUGAGCUGCUGUUGGCAUUGGCAGAAAGUGAGCAGAGUCUCAUUCUUGGACAAUUCAGAGCUGCAGGUGUUGGUUCUGUUGGGGACCAGACAGGUGAUGAAAAUGUCACACAGAUGCUCAAGAGGGCUCAUGACUGCAGGAAGACAGCUGAGAAUGCAGCAAAAGCCUUGCUGAUGAAGCUGGAUGGGAGCUGUGGGGGAGCCUAUGCAGUCACAGGCUGUAGUGUGCAGCCCUGGGAAAGCCUGUCCUCCAACAGCCACACCAGUACUACCAGCUCAACAGCAAGCAGUUGUGACACAGAGUUUACAAAGGAAGAUGAGCAGCGGCUGAAGGAUUAUAUCCAGCAGCUGAAAAAUGACAGGGCAGCAGUGAAACUGACAAUGCUGGAGCUGGAAAGCAUCCACAUUGAUCCCCUUAGUUAUGAUGUUAAGCCACGUGGAGACAACCAGAGACUGGACCUGGAAAAUGCAGUCUUGAUGCAGGAACUCAUGGCAAUGAAGGAAGAGAUGGCAGAGCUCAAGGCACAGCUUUACCUGCUGGAGAAGGAGAAGAAGGCUUUGGAAUUGAAGCUGAGCACUCGAGAGGCUCAGGAGCAGGCCUACCUUGUCCAUAUUGAGCACUUGAAGUCUGAAGUGGAGGAACAAAAAGAGCAGAGAAUGAGAUCUCUCAGCUCAACCAGCAGCGGAAGCAGAGACAAAUUGGGCAAGGAAUGUAGUGAUGGCACCGCAACACCACUAACCCUUGCUGAGCUGAGACCAUACAAUGAGAGUGAACUGACUGCUGAGCUGACAAAUGCACUCAGGAGGGAGAAGAAACUGAAAGCAAGAGUGCAGGAGUUAGUGAGUGCUUUGGAGAGACUCACAAAGAGCAGUGAAAUCAGACAUCAGCAGUCUGCAGAAUUUGUUAAUGACCUUAAAAGGGCAAACAGCAACUUGGUAGCAGCUUAUGAAAAAGCAAAGAAAAAGCAUCAAAAUAAGCUGAAGAAACUGGAAUCACAAAUGAUGGCCAUGGUGGAGAGACAUGAAACCCAAGUAAGAAUGCUCAAACAAAGAAUAGCUUUACUGGAAGAAGAGAACUCCAGACCACACACCAAUGAAACUUCACUUUAAGUGCAUCUCUUUAAAGGGUAUUUAGUGCCAUUACAACUUUCUUUCUUUUGGAGGUUGACUUUUAGGUAGCUUCAAAUGUUAAAAGCGUUCUGAUUGUCAAUGCUGACAAAACUUAAAAGCUCCUUCUCUGGGAUCCCAGAGAGGUAUCAUGGGGAUAAUAAAAGUGUUAACCUUAAGGACUGUUUCAUAAUGUAAAAUGGCAGUGCCUGAAUUAUCAUGCUAUAAUUGUGUACAUUGUCUGUGUUGUUAUUUCUGUAUUCAUACAGCUUCUCUUCCCCUGUCACCCAUGGGUGACAGUGUCACACAGCAGAAUAAUUCAUGUUACGAGGUUUUCAUUUGGGUAGUUUGGAGAUCAUGUGAAGUUUUCCCAGUCCCUGAGCUGUCUGCACACAAGUCCACACUGUACCCUCAUGACUCGCUGCUGUGGUUACACCACAAACAGGCAGCUGCAGAGUGAGGGUGACAGCCUGGCUGGCUUUUUCUUUGCGCCCUGCUUGCAAUUCUGCUGCUCACAGUGCAGGUCAGGUAGGAAAGCUCCUGUUGAUUUGGGAAAAAAAACAAAGCAAGCAUAGUUGCAUCUCUGAGAACUAUGAUAAAAGUGUAAUUCUUACAGUGCAUACAAGGGCCAAAGGCUGUGGGUUUCACCAUGCCACACAGACACUCUGUGCCAAGGGUGGGUAAGAAAUUACAGAAGACCUCCUGGUAUUUAUAUUGCAUGGUGUUUGCAACUACUUUGUAGAAGAAGUUUUUUCUUGCUAUAUACACUAUAUCCAAGGUUUUCUUUAAGAAGCUGGGCCAUUUCUGUCACAUGUAUUGUGCUUAUUACAGCUUACUGUGAUCAAGAGGUAGAAUGUCUUCUUUUUAUCCUUUUUUUUUGACCAAAAAAGGUACUUAAAUAAUGUACCUGUUUAAUAUUGAAUACAUAGGCACAAAAUUAUAGAUGUGUAGAUGUAUGGAUAUCCAGCCACAAACAGAAUGUGAAUGGUGAAGUCUUACAGCUUUAUUAGGUUAGUUUUUGUUACUGCUAACAUUCUCUUGUUUAAAUCAUGUAUUACUGUAUUAUCAAACUGACUGAAGUGCAAAUUUUGGCUUGUUAGGUAAAAGAACAUUAAGCAAAUCAUGGGGAUCAGGUUGAUUUCUGUAGGGGUCAAAAUACAGGAGUCUGCCAUAGCACCUGUUAUAUUCAGAAUUUGCUUUUUUUUGUUUUUUUGGUUUUUUUUGAGAGUACAUAAAAAAGCUUUAUGUGUGUUUUAAAAGCCAAGCUGUAGUCCCUUCACUGUGUUAGCCUGCUGCUGUGUUAUGCCUCUGCUUUGCAUUUUCCAGGCUGAUUUUCAGUGAAUCUGAUUUCAGGAGAUGUUUAUCGUUUUUGCUUUACAUGUUGAGUUGCACCUCAAGUUUUUUACUAGUGUAUUUAGAAUUAUGAUAACUUUUCUCAUUUAUUUCUCCCAUUACUAGUACUAAGGAAAUAUUUGAGAGGACUCUGCCUACUGUUGGGUUAGGUCAGACAACAUAGUUGCAGGAAUUUCUGUUCAGAAUGUGGCAUUAUUGUUAAGUCUUGGUUACAUCUGGAAGUGCAGCAGUUGGUUUUCAUCUCUUACUGCUGUAGCUGCUGUUGUCCUCUGUCAUUAGAGUAGUUGUUCCUACUUCUCUGGAGUCUAGUGCAUCAUCCACAAAGCCAGCAUCACAUGUGUUUGGCUGCAACAGCAAAUUAAAACAAUGCUGAUUUCAAAAUUUUUAGGUAGUGAUGUUCUGGUUUUGAUCAGUCUUCUUUCUCAGAAUAAUUGCACUUCUUAAUUUAUAAUAUAACUAGAAAUUAUUGCAAAUGAGUCUCUUGAGGGAGGAGCACAUUGAUUUUUUCUGUCUCUGUGGUUCUGCUUAGCAGCUCUCUAUGGUGUUUCCCCUUUUUAGGCCCAAUUUUCUCACUUCCAGGAGGAUGGGGGUCUGCCAUCAGCUUCAGCAGCUGAGCACACUUGUUCUGAAGAACCACAAAGGAAAGUAUCCACCAUAUGCUGUGGCAAAAUUGUAGUUAUACUU